GUCGGGGUGCGCGCCCGCCGCAGUGGACGCCGCCGCGGCCGCCAUGCAGCUGACAGUGAAAGCGCUCCAGGGCCGCGAGUGCAGCCUGCAGGUGUCGGAGGACGAGCCGGUGUCCACGCUGAAACAUCUGGUCUCCGAGAAGCUCAACGUCCCCGUGCGCCAGCAGCGGCUGCUAUUCAAGGGCAAGGCCCUGGCAGAUGGGAAGAGACUCUCCGACUACAGCGUUGGGCCCAAUUCCAAGCUCAACCUAGUGGUCAAACCUCUGGAGAAGGUGUUGCUGGAAGAAAGCGCCGCCCGGAGACUGGCCGAGGCCCCACCCCCGCCGGCCCCCGCCUGGCAGCUCAUCUCCAAAGUCCUGGCCCGCCACUUCAGCGCUGCGGACGCGGCCAGGGUCCUGGAUCAGCUCCAGAGGGAUUAUGAGAGGUCCCUGAACCGCCUGACUCUGGAUGACAUCGAGCGCCUGGCUGGCCGCUUUCUGCACCCCGAAGUGACUGAAGCUGUGGAGAAGGGGUUCUCCAAAUAGGAUUCUCCGGUGUGGGGAGGAGCCCGGCCAGGCUACAAGCUGCAUGUAGCAUUAAAUGUGUUCUCCUGUUGCGAUUUGACUCAUAAUAAUAAUACGAAUAAGAAUAAUAGCCGGCAGGCACCCGGGGCCACGUACCUGGUUUGCGCUGGGGGCAGGCACAGCACACGCACUGGACGCGGCUCUCCCCCCGCCUCCCGUGAAAGGUGAGUGAGACGGACUCUGAACCGGAAGGAACUGCAUUUGGCAUCCAGUAAUGGGUUUAACCAUGAAAGAAACUGGUUUAAGCCAUAAAGGAAACAUCGGUUGACGGAGCUGAGAAGUCCAGGGGUACUGGCAGCAGAUGGACGGUUCCGCCAGAUGCACGGUCUCCUCCUGCCUCCCCUCUCCAGUCCAGGCCAUUGCCUCAGGAUCAAAAGAUGGCUGUUCUCCGUGUCCACGGACUCUCCUGUUCACAGCCAGCAAGGCGCACCUUCUCCCCCCGGGGUGGAGGCGUAGCUUCUUUCUCGGAUGCCCCCAGCAAAUAAACGCUGUUCUCGGA